AUGUGUGAUCGUGAAGAAAAGGAGCUUCACCCAACCGAUCGGAGUGGGGAGAUGUCUGACUCUGAGACUGAGAGUGAUUCCGCCGCCGCUUCCUUUGUCGUCUCCGUUCGGAACUAUUUGAAAACCACGCACAAAACGGGGUCUGGGGUUAUGGAGGGAGGCGGUGAAGCCCCUCAAGAUUCAAGAUUCAGAUUCUGUACAUAUUGCGGCAAAGGGUUUGAGUCGAACAAAGCCCUGUAUGGCCAUCUUCGGAUCCACAGUGAUCAGUAUCGGGCUAGGUCAAAAACUGAAACCAGCCACGUCGAGAAUCAAAGAAAACCCUCUCCGGCCGAAGAUGAAGAUGACGGUUUUGGUUGUUUUGUUUGCAACAAAAGUUUCUCAUCGAUGCAGUUGUUGUGCCAGCACAUGAGAAUCCAUCGUGAAACGCUUUCCGACGGUGUCCGGCAUCCUACAAUGUCUCUAGAAAGCAAAUUUAAGACCACCGUCAAAGAGAACGACCGCAGCUGGUCUCAAACUGGGGAAAUGGGGUUGAAGAAAACUGCUAGCGACGACGAUAUAAUGCACGAUGCAGUGCCCUUGAGGGCAUAUUACGGACCCGCACCUCCUCGCACGGAAACAAGGAAGAAGAGAAAGACUGAAGAGACCUCAACGGAGGGAAUUGCCGAAAGUACUGAGAGCCCAGUGGGAAAUUCAACGGCAAUAGAUAGGUUUGGCAACAAGUCCAAACCCAGGUCCCGGAUGAAGAAAGCGAAGGUGAUGAAUAGCCUGCAUCCCUGUGAGAUAUGUGGCAAGACUUUCACAACUGGUCAGGCACUCGGUGGCCACAAAACGUACCAUCGGGCGAAGGAUCCGACCAAGGUGGCGUUAGUGCAGCCAAAACCCAAACAAGAAUCCUGUGCUGAAGUUAAAGAGCGUGUCACCAAAAUUAUGUUCCCUGGAUUAUUGCCUGAAGAUGAUGAACAAGCUCGGCCGAAGAAGAUGUUGGAUUUUGAUCUCAAUAUCCCUUCUCAAGAAGAAUGA